CAGACGAGCAAUUUCUCCCCUCACAGAUUCUGCUGCCCUUUGCCAACUCCCACAGCGAAGAGCUAUUUGCGAGAGGGCUGUGGGGAGGAUCACGAAGCUGACCAGCUGGCUAGCCGCAAGCUUCUCACCGCAGAUCCACAGCAUCUCUGGAGGACACAAGGACAGAUACACAGAGUGCAAUAUGCCAGUCCUGGACAGUUGGUGGGACGGCUCCUCCUUUGCCACACUUGCAAGAAACUGGCAGCUAAGAUGGGAGGCUUUGGAUGCUCUUCAUUACCUCUUCCGAUUCAUCCGGAAAAACAGAAGCACAGCACCAGAAGAUACUCAAGAGCCUCAAGAAGAAGCCAGAGGCCGUGUUCUGGCUUCCUUCACCCACUACCACUGACAUUGCCAUGAACUUCGGACAAUACCUCCGGCCGUCUCAGAGGACAGACGUCAUCCUCAUGGCCAUUGAAGCCCUGAGAGACUCCAGCAUAUAUGACAAGCAGGGAGGCCAGCAGUGUGUUGGACAUGGCCAUCCAAGACUCUGCCUCCUGGCUGACCGAUGUGCCAAAGAUCAUGAGAUGCAUCUACGGAAGCGUGGAGUGCAUCAGCACGGCAUCAGCCCGGCAGAGUCUGGACAUACUCAUCCUCUGGCUGACCAACCAGUGGCCAAAGAAGGUGGUCAGGAGCCUGCUGAAGAUCUCGCCAUCAUCUGACAGCGCUGCCCUGGCCAUGUGGGAAGCAAUGUUUUCCCAGAACCAGACUAUGGAGAAGGUCCUGAGGGAGAUACUUGACGUGCUCCAGGACCAGCAGCUGCGCAGGCUCUCUGGCUUCAUCACAGAUGACAACUGCAUCUGUCACUUGGCGCUGCUGGCCCACGCAGAGACGUUGGACAAGAGGACUUGGACGCCGUGUGCCAUCUCCAGAGGCUCUUGAAGCAUCCCAGCCUAGUGAUGCACUCACUGGUGCUCCGCGUUCUCCUCCCAGUGUCAGAGAGACCUGUAAUGGCAAGACAAAUUCCAGUCCUGCUGCCAGGCAUCAUGGAGGGCCUGCAGGCUGCCAAGGCUGACACCAAGAUGAAGGCCCUGCUUCUCAUCGGAAACGUGAUGGGUCAUGUGAAGAGGAAGCAGGCCAGCUCCAUCGCUCUGCAAGUGGCUGGGGAGAUCCUGCCACUGUUUAAUGACGAGUGCAGCCAGGUGCAAGAGCUCUCCAUCUGCCUCUACAACAAAGUGAUGCAGGUUGUGUUAUGGUGCCACAAGAGACAGAUGAAGAAGAUCGUGCGGAGGGGCCUGCUCCCACUCUUUUUUCACCUGAGUGACCAGACCCAGAGCGUGGCCAAGGCCUCCGUGGAAGCCCUUGUCACCGCUGCAGCGUUCCUGAAGCGGGAAGAGCUCAAGCGCCUGGCCCAGACAGAGCAGACCUGGAGGAUCGCAGAGUGCUUGCUCGUGCAGGACAAGAGAAUGGUGGAGGAAUACCUGCAGCAGAGCCUGCCGUACCUGCAGCACACUCAGGUCACCUUGCGGGAGGCAGCCGUGAGGUUCAUCGGCCUUGCCGCGCAGCACUGCAAGGACCAGAGCGAGAGGAAGAUCCACGAAAUCUGCAGCGUCCUCCAGCCCUUGCAGAACGAUGAGGAGCUCUCUGUUGUCUCUCUGGCAACUCAGACCAUCUUCAUCCUGAGACAUCCAAGGAUGCAGCCAACAUCAAGAUGUGGAAUACGGUCGAGGAGGAGGUCUCUCUCUCCCUGUCUUGAUGGGGAGUACAGCAAAGAUCAAAGCACGGUGGUGAACUCCACCUGCAUGAAUCCUUGA